AUGCCAGUGAUAUCUAUUUUUCCUCGUCCAAACAAUACUUUCCACUUACCUGCAGACCCAUCUGUCCCAUUCAUGAUGGUUGGUCCAGGAACAGGAAUUUCACCAUUCAUUGGUUUCCUACAACACAGGCAGAAGCUCAGAGAACAACAUACAGACUGGGAAUUUGGAGAGACAUGGCUGUUUUUUGGUUGUCGGCAUCAGGAUCGAGACUAUUUGUUCAAAGAUGAGCUGAGAUGUUUUCUUGAAAAUGGCACAUUAACUCAUCUUAAGGUUUGUUUCUCAAGAGACUCUUCAACUGCAGAAGUAGCUCCACCUAAAUACGUGCAAGACAUCAUUAGGCUUUAUGCCAAGGAAGUUGCCAGAGUCCUGCUGGAAGAGAAAGGUUACUUCUAUAUAUGUGGAGAUAAGAAGCACAUGGCUGAUGGUGUAAGCGAUGCUGUAGUAGAAAUUUUGAGCAUGGAAAUGGAAGCUGACAGAUUGGAAGCAAUGAAAAUCCUGGCCAUGCUUCGAGAAGAAAAACGCUAUUUACAGGAUGUGUGGAGCUAAAUAUUUAGCUUUUCCUAUGCCUUUGUAACACAGAAUACUUCUUUUCACACAUGUACUUUUGACUAAAAGUUAUUGUCAGAAGUGCUAUGAGUAGUUACACAAACGUUAACUUUCUCUAUUGACCUUUAAACAGGAACAUGAAACCUUUUAAAUGACAGCAAACCAGGCUGGCCUUUGAAGUGUCUGAGGUUUUAGAGAUGUUACAUAAUGGACUGUCUCAGUGCCUUGAUUCUCUCAUUUUAAGAUUAGUUUAAUGUAUAAAUUAAAAACUUCUGCACCUGUACAAGCAUAAUUAUAUGUUGACAUUACAUCAUGUAUCUUUUCCUAUAAUGUACACAUAAUGAAGCUACAGAGUAAAUAUGUUACUCAGUGAUCUGUGUGUUAUCAAAUACAUUACUGACUUGCCAAGAUUUAUUUGAAUACUUCCUAGAUGCUUCCUGAGACUACUUAUAUUUUUUCAACUCGCACAAUGACAGUAACUGCCAAAAGGUUACUGAAGAAUUUCAGCUCCAAAAUUCUCUUUAAUACUUAGCUUUUUCAUGACAUCAUUACUUUGUGUCUCGAAGUUUGCCACACCCUGUGCUAUCAUUAUUAGAUUUUCCUGAAAGUGUUUUCAUUCCUGUCUCUAAAAUGUUUGUGGUUUAAUUUAUGAGCAAACUCAACCAGUUGGGCUGAAUUUGGUUGCUUAAUAAAUAGUUUCUCAGAUUACUAAAUUAAUUUUGUUAAUCGAAGACAUAGUAAAAUACAGUGUUUUGAAAGGAGUUGCCCAUGUGACAAUCCACUGCCAAAUUAAUUUGUUGAAAACAUAUUUUUCAAGUGUCUGAUCUUUCUAACAAGGGACAUUUGGUGUACAAAUAGGUGGAAGAGUAAAAGUGUAAGUUAUUCAUGGUUCUUUUCAGAUCUCUCCUCUUCCCUCUGCUUUUUCUAACUUCUAAAUAUCCAUGUUGUCUUCUCAGUUCCCUGUCAUCCUUAAAGGAUAAAAACAAAGUAUGAGAGAAUAUUUUAGACAAAUCAUUUUUUCCUGGGGAAAGUUGUUGUUUUGUUUUGAUUUACACAUAGUCAGAACCACAUCACUUACUCCAAGUCUUGUGGUUGUCUAGUGAUUAUUAGUUAAUUGGUCAAGUUGUGUGCUGUGCUUGUUGAAUCUGUCUGACAUAUAAGCCUUGUUGUAUUUUUUGUUGCUCCUGGGGAAUGUGUAGUGUUUUGCUGUCUCUUUGUUUCCUUUGGAAGUUAAGCUUCAAGGCCACAGUUUUUGGCUUAACUGCAUUCCAGUUUUCCUUUGUGACCAGAAGUGGAGAAUAACUGUAUUAGUAAAGAUGAAAUUAGUCUUA